AUGAGCUACGCGGAAGCCAACCGCCGGUACUUCGAUGCCAUAUCCGACUCCUACGACAGUAAGCCUUGGUUCAAAGUCGUCAACGACCGAGUAGCCACCACCCUCCGCUCCGACCUAUCAUGGGUAGGCAUACCCUUCACAGACUCCACCACUCAACCAGUCCGUCUUCUAGACUACGCAUGCGGCACCGGACUCAUGACCCGCGUCUUCGGCCCCUACGUCACCUCCACCCAAGGCAUCGACAUAUCACCCAACAUGGUCUCCACAUACAACACGCGCGCCCGCGACGCCGGACUCUCCGAGGAUGUAGUCAAUGCCGUUGUAGGCGACCUUUUCGACAAGUCUGAUCCUGACCCCGAGUCGCUUUCCGGGGAUAGGUUUUGGAACUUCGACAUCGCGACUGUGGGGUUUGGAUUCCAUCAUUUCGAGGAUGUGGUGUUUGCGGCAAGGCAGUUGAAGGAGAGGUUGAGGCCGGGCGGUGUGUUGGUUAUUAAUGAUUUUCUGGAGGGAGGUGAUCUUUUGGCGGGGGAGGAUGGGAGUAUGAUUGAGGGAAGCGAGGGGAAUCAUGCUGUUCAUGGUCAUGGACAUCAUCAUGGUCAUGGGGAAGAGAAGGGUUCUGGAUCUCAUGGGCAUGGGCAUCAUCAUUCGCAUCAUCACCACCAUGAUGCUGAGAAGAAGCAUGAUGUUGGCGAAAGCAACACUGAGUUCCGCCAGAAGAUGAAUGCUUCGAUAGUGGUUCCGCACUUUACUAUCGAUGGCGUAAAGCAGUUCUUCGCGGAAGCUGGGUUCGUGGAUGUGGAUGUCAUUACGAUGAAAGAGAAGAACUACAUGGAGUUCGGUGGCAAGAAGCUGUGGCGCACGAUCCUGUUUGCUAGAGGACGCAGACCGAUGGAAGGACAAGAUGGCUCGGGGAAGAGUGAACUAUGA